CCACGCCCUCAUCCCCAGAGCCGGCUUUUGAUCUAAUUUUGAUCUCGAAGGCCUCUAAUAGAGCUCUCAGACAAACCUCGUCGUUGCUGGGACACCGCUUCAUGCAGCACUGAGUUUUCCUCGCGUUUCCCAUGGCGUCCGUAUCGCCACCCAAACCCUGGGAGAGAGCCGGCGCCACUGCAGGCACUGCGUUAUCAUCACCAGCGACCACAUCCACGGCCAUGUCCUCAACGUCCACGACAUCGGCGGCCCCGACCGCAGGGACCUCCACAACAAGCGCAACGGCACCCCCUUCUCUACCCUCCCGACCUAGCACACUUAGUACUGUUGCGAACCAAAACGCCUCAAACUACUCCCCAUAUGGCGCCUCACGAUUUGGUGCGUCGCCAUAUGGCGGCUAUGGCGGCUAUGGAAGCUACUCAUCCCCGUAUUCGCGAUUCGGUGGAAUGGGCUCAAUGUACGGCGGUUAUGGCGGCUAUGGUGGGAUGUACAGCGGUAUGGGAGGGUACGGAGGCAUGUACGGCGGUGGCAUGCCUGGCGACCCAAAUGACCCGAACAGUUUGACGAACUCAUUCAACCAGAGUACUCAGGCAACGUUUCAGAUGAUCGAGAGUAUUGUCGGGGCUUUCGGUGGCUUCGCGCAGAUGCUUGAGAGCACUUAUAUGGCGACGCAUAGUUCGUUUUUUGCCAUGGUAUCCGUCGCUGAGCAGUUCGGAAACCUGCGUAACACGCUUGGCUCUGCCUUGGGCAUCUUCACAUUAAUCCGGUGGUUCAAGACGUUGAUCGCGAAAAUAACUGGUCGUCCACCGCCAGCAGACGCUACGGCCCUUACACCAGCUGCAUUCGCUGCAUUUAUGGGCGGCCGGGCCACACUCCCAGAUGGCUCUCCAGCGCCUCCACGGCCUUCACGGAAGCCAUUCCUGAUGUUCCUUGUUGCCCUCUUUGGACUUCCGUACUUAAUGGGCAAACUUAUAAAAUCUCUUGCACGUUCCCAAGAAGCACAACGUCAGAAAAUCAUGAUGACCGCCAACGGUGAGCAGCAGGGCGUUUUGGACCCGUCCAAGCUCGACUUCUGCCGCGUUCUCUACGAUUAUACACCCGAAUCACAGGAAACCAACGGCAUUGAUCUGGCCGUGAAGAAGGGCGACAUUGUCGCUGUGCUCAGCAAAUCCGAUCCGAUGGGCAAUGCGUCGGAAUGGUGGCGUUGCCGCGCGCGAGACGGCCGCGUAGGAUACCUUCCGGGUCCGUAUCUCGAGACUAUCCAACGCAAGCCACAGCAGCAGGCCCUUACCUCCGGCAGUGAAGCGGGCAGUCGCAGUAACACGAUGCAGAGCCAGACGCAGGUCGGCAAUGAGGUUGCCGCGGGUCAGAAGCCAGAGCUUAAGGGGAAAAUGGGUGAUAUUUCUGCGGAGAGUUUCCAAAAGAGCGCGUUCUAUUCAUGAAUUCGAUUUCUCCUCUUUCAGCCAUAUUUUCUCUAUGGGUUGAUCGUGGUAUAUGAAGGGCAUGGUACCACGCUUCUAAUGCAGUUCUCUCUUUUUGUUUGUUCUUAUUUCAGCGGCAUGCACAGAAUUCCUUUUUAUUUCUUAUUUUUUAUGGUGCCAGUAGCACAUAUGAUAUCCAAUGCUAGACAUCUAUUC